AUGGGCCCAUGGUCCGCUGGCCCAUACCAUACAGGAUAUUAUGCAUGUCCGUUCCCUCUUGAGGAUGCCCCUGUGGUUGGGUUUCCUAUCCAAAGCUCUCCACCUAGUGCACAAAAGUGCAAUCUUGUCACUACUCUUUCUCCAUCAGAUCGUUUGCAUCAUAUAUUGCAUAGUUUCAAGCAUUUUUCAUGGGACAAUCCUGAGCUUUCGCCAGCAGCUAUCCGUGUGGCCAAGGAGGUCCUUCGCUUCAUUGCAAAGCCAGACCGUCAAUACGAGUGUGAAGAGUUUUCUGGGGUCUGGCGUGAGGAAUUCGAAACGAUAGUAGAAUUUAUCGAAGACAACCACAAUUUUGGCUUGAAGCCAAGAUUAACGUACAUCGAUUCAGACAGCACCCUAAUAGUCGAAAUGCCAUCCGCGGUCCAUGACGCCCCACUCACCGCCUUGCACUCCGUGUUCACGUGCUUCCUCAAAAAUUUGCCUUUUGAUCGCGCUUCAAUCAACACAAAUGUAUUGGGCAACAUUGAGGCCUCCGAUUCCCUCGCCCCGGACUUGAGGGUUUCAUUGCAAAAUAUGCGAGAUGUAGCAGCGGAGGUUACUAUUCCCAUCAUCGGAGAGACAGUGUUUUCCCAACACACUGAUGUCCUGAUGGACAAGUUGCAAGACGCGCUUGACGCAGAUCCAUCCUUAAAAAUGAUAAUCAUGGCUGUGGUGACAGAAAGUCAACGCUACUCUUCUCCAGCGAAAGAAUCGCCCUCACGGAUGGCAUUUAUGCGUGAUGGGUCCGUUCGCUCAGCCAAGGACUUUAUUUCUGCGACAAACGUACUCCCAACCCUCGAUGCACCAGUAAUUGUUGAAGGUCACAUGUGGAGUUUGGUGGAGUCGGUAACGUUCAAGGUUUGGGUGAGAGGAGACGAAGCUAUAGACCUUGAGUCGUGCGAUCCAGACUUCAUGGCAGAGGGGACUCUCUACCCUGUAGACAAUAUGGACCCAGUCAUCGACAUGAUUCAGAAGGGAGUGAAUAUAUUGAGGGAACAGAUCAUCUCGAUGGCCCUGGCCAUUGAUCCAGACGUCGAUUCUGCUGCCCUACGAGACCCCACCAUCAAGUUUUGCGUCAGGAAGGAUGACAUCAUCACAAAGAUCGCGGGCGCUAUGCAUGAAACUGCAUACCGCCGCUACUCAGCAUGGUACGCGAAGGCAUCCAAAGCUCUCAAGCGGAAAUCUGCCUUCGAGCAGCUCCAGCCGACGAUAGGCCCACCGGCUACCAAUACUCGUGCUAAGACUCGGACGAAGGCAAAACAGCGCGUGCCAGUGGGUGUUUCUCAUGUUAGUGUGCGACUUCUGCGCCGUAAGGAAACUUGA